AUGAUGGACAGAGCAAACCAGACGGUUGUUAGGGAGUAUAUCCUGCUGGGGUUAUCUGAGCACCAUAACCUAGAGAUGGUCCUGUUUGUGCUUUGCAUGGGCAUCUACUGUGUGAAUGUGAUGGGGAACUCCCUCCUCAUAGUGCUGAACAUGCUGGACCCCCGCCUGCACAACCCCAUGUACUUUUUCCUCAGCAACCUCUCCCUCAUGGACAUUCUUGGUACAUCCUCCUUUGUGCCACUCAUGCUGGUCAACUUCCUGGAAGCCCAAAAGACCAUCUCCUUCCCUGGCUGUGCCCUACAAACGUACCUGACCCUGGCGCUGGGCUCCACAGAGUGCCUGCUCCUGGCCAUGAUGGCAUAUGACCGUUAUGUAGCUAUCUGCCAGCCACUUAGGUAUCCCGAGCUCUUGAGUGGGCAGAUGUGCGUGCGGAUGGCCCUGCUGAGCUGGGGGAUAGGCUUCACCAACUCACUGCUGCACUCCAUCCUGGCCUGGCACCUCCCCUUCUGUGGCCACAAUGUCAUUAACCACUUCUUCUGUGAGAUCCUGGCAGUGAUAAAACUGGCCUGUGGGGACGUGUCCCUCAAUGCACUGGCAUUAAUGGUGGCCGCAACUGUCCUGACACUGGCCCCAUUCCUGCUUAUCUUUCUAUCCUACAUUUUCAUCCUUGCUGCCAUCCUUAGGCUACCUUCUGCUGUAGGCCAGUGCAAGGCUUUUUCCACCUGCUCUGCUCACCUCACAGUGGUGGUGAUUUUCUAUGGAACUAUCUCCUUCAUGUACUUCAAGCCCAAGGCCAAGGACCCUGACUUGGAUAAGAUUAUUGCAUUGUUCUAUGGGGUCGUGACACCCUCACUGAACCCUAUCAUCUACAGCCUGAGGAACACAGAGGUGAAAGCCGCUGCAGUAGCUCUGCUGGGGGGAGAUGGGCUAUCCAGGAAAAUGUCUCACUUUUACUGCUGCACUCCAUCUUUGUCAGGAUAG